AUGGGGGAAUUAACCUGUAUUGGCCGUGUCUGCACUCCUCUUGUAGAAUGCAUAACACUGCACGCACAAAAUCUCACCGGCAAACUUCCUCCAGAACUUGUCAGAUUACCUUACCUUAACCUGAUUGACCUGACCCUCAAUUACCUUAAUGGCCCAAUCCCUUCAAGCUGGGCCUCCCUUAAGCAUCUCAUCUACAUUUCUCUUCCUAGUAACCGUCUAACGGGUCCGAUCCCAGUGGAGCUAACGAAGAUCACGACUCUGCAAACUUUGAUCCUCUCGUACAAUCAAUUUUCUGGAAAUCUUCCUGCUGAGCUUGGCAAUCUUCCCCAGCUUGAACGAUUGCUUCUCACCUCCAACAACUUCACAGGAGAAAUACCUUCAACUUUUGCAAAGCUUACAAGGUUGAAGGACGUCCAUUAUUGUCAUUCCACUCCGAGUACUUAUCAGUUAGCUCCCUGUGGUAUUUCCGUUUAUAAUUCUAACCUUAUUUUUCUUUAUACGAGAAAGUUUAGAAUAGUUAAAGGGACUGGUUUAAGUGGACCGAUACCGUCAGGAAUUUCGUUUCUUGGAAACUUAAUUCACUUGAGUAUAAGUGACUUGAAUGGACUUGAUUCAACUUUUCCUCUACUUAACAAUUCCAGAAAAUUGCGAGGAUUGACAUUGAGGAGUCGCAGUAUCAAUAACGCGAUACCUGACUAUCUCGGGGAAAUGACCUAUUUAUCUAGGCUAGACCUGAGCUUUAACAAAUUGAAUGGAGGGAUUCCUGAAACGCUUGGUCACCUAUCAAGAAUGGAUAACAUGUAUUUAACUGGAAACCUUCUGCAGGACCUUUGCCUGAGUGGUCGGAGAGAGUUACAUACAUUGUCGUCAGCGAAAUGUGUUAGAGUUUUUGCAUUUGUCGAGAUUGCGUACAAUUUUAAGAAGCUAUCUGGGGCUUAUCCAUCUUUUACAAGCCACAGGAACUUGUUUGGAGAUCCUUUGAUGGCCAAUACCUCAGGAUCUGUUUCUUGUAUGAAAACCACUGUUUGUUCCAAAACAUGGCACUCUGUCAGUAUAAAUUGUGGUUAGAGAUCAGAAACCAUUGGAGAUACAAUGUAUGAUGGUGAUUUGGAUCCUGCUGGACCAGCAAGGUUUGGAGAGAGUAGGAGAAACUGGGCAUUCAGCAGUACUGGUGACUCUUAUGAUCAUUGUAACAAGUUUGCCUAUAUUGCAGAAAACAUAUAUAAUCUCUCUAUACCCAAUGUUAAACUGUAUAGGAAUGCACGUCUUUCCCCUAUGUCUCUGACUUAUUAUGGAUUCUGCCUGGGAAAUGGACCGUAUACAGUGAGUCUCCAUUUUGUGGAGAUAAUGUUGACUGAUGACAAAACUUUCGGCAGCCUUGGAAGGCGCGUAUUUGACGUCUACAUUCAGCUCUUGUAUCAAGCAGACUUUAAACCCCCAAGAAGCAAACCUAGUAUGGUUGUGGCUGCAAUAGUGGCUACGGGAGUGAUUAUAGUCAUCUUGGCAUUGGCCAUGCUCUGGUGGAGAUGUUCUCUGGGAAAGAGAAGCUCAUUAGCAGUAGAGCUAAAGGGCUUAGAUCUGCAAGCUGGUUUGUUUACCUUGCGCCAAAUCAAGGCAGCAACAAAUAACUUUGAUGUAUCCAGUAAGAUUGGAGAAGGAGGAUUUGGUUCAGUUUACAAGGGCUUUCUAGCAGAUGGCACAAUGAUAGCAGCCAAGCAGCUUUCUUCAAAGUCAAAUCAAGGAAACCGUGAGUUCCUAAAUGAGAUAGGCAUGAUCUCUGCUUUGAAACACCCUAGUCUUGUCAAACUCUAUGGUGGUUGUGUUGAGGGAGAUCAGUUGUUGCUGGUAUAUGAAUACAUGGAAAACAAUAGCCUCGGUCGUGCCUUGUUUGGCAAUUUGUUUGUAUUUACUUCCCAUAUAUAUGUGUAUACGCAUGUAUAUUUGCUUGUGUGACCAAAAUUAUGCUGUUGUCAAAUUUCCAAUACAUUCUCAAGUGAAGGCCCAGGAGAAUGCAGUUUGAAAUUGGAUUGGCCAACAAGACAAAAGAUUUGUAUUGCUAUUGCCAGAGGUUUGGCUUUUCUCCAUGAAGAAUCGAGACUGAAAAUUGUUCACAGGGACAUCAAGGCCACUAAUGUGCUGCUUGACAAAAACUUGAAUGCAAAAAUAUCAGACUUUAGAUUGGCUAAGCUUUAUGAAGGGGAAAAUACCCACAUAAAGCACACGAAUAGCUGGGACCUAGUAAGUUUCUUUUUGUGAACUUGUUAUUGGGAAAAAAUAUCUAUCAGAAUCCAAUUCAGCACUGUCAUGUGACAUAUUUUAUUGCUCCCAGUCAUGUGAUAUAUCUUGUUGCUGGAAUGGUUAUAUUUCAAUUUUACAGUGGAUAUAUGGUUUCUGAGUAUGCAAUGAAUGGUUAUUUGACCAACAAA